UAAUUCACUGGUCGUUGGAGUUUAAUAAGUUAGUUGAGAAAUAAGAAAUCUUAUACAAGUUGAAAUGGGAAUCUGCAUAUCCUCUGCAUCUUCAGAGAUACACCAGGCAGAAGAUGGCCUUGAAAAUGUUAUAUACUUGGAAGAAAAUAUUGCUUUUAACAAGCUUUGUUCCCUUUAUUCAAGAGAAGGAAGCAAAGGGUUAAAUCAAGAUUCUGCUAUUCUUCAUCAGGGUUAUGGAGUGGAAGAUGGAGCUUUUUGUGGAGUUUUUGAUGGGCAUGGAAAAAAUGGUCACAUAGUGAGCAAGAUUGUGAGGAAUAGCUUGCCUACUCUGUUACUUGGCCAAAAAAAUGCCUUGGAGAAGAUGAAGAGAGUUGCAGAUGGCAACAAUGAAGAAGUUGAAGAUGUUUCAUUGCCAAGCAAGAAUUUUUAUACAUGGAAAGAGGCUUGUGUUAAUGCCUUCAAGGUGAUGGACAAGGAGAUCAAGCUUCAAGAGAAUUUAGAUUGCUCUUGCAGUGGAACCACAGCAGUAGUUGUUCUGAAACAGGGAGAAGAUCUUGUUAUAGCUAAUCUUGGAGACUCAAGGGCAGUGUUGGGUACAAUCAGUGAGAAUGAAAUCAUGCCUGUUCAAUUAACCACAGAUUUGAAGCCUACUGUGCCAAGUGAAGCUGAGAGAAUAAGGAAGUGUAAUGGUAGAGUGCUUGCCCUGAAAGAAGAGCCACACAUCCAGAGAGUGUGGUUACCGCAUGAAGACACUCCAGGCCUAGCCAUGUCUCGAGCUUUCGGAGAUUUUCUACUCAAAAACCAUGGAGUAAUUGCAUUGCCUGAGAUCUCUCAUCGCCGAUUAGCAUCUAAUGACCAAUUCAUCAUUCUAGCAACAGAUGGGGUGUGGGAUGUGCUUAGUAACAGCCAAGUAGCGUCCAUUGUGUGGGCGGCAGAUAGCGAACAAGCAGCGGCGAAGGCAGUGGUGGAGGCGGCUGUAGCCACUUGGAAGAAGAAGUUCCCAUGUUCAAAGGUGGAUGAUUGUACUGCAGUUUGCCUCUUCCUGAAUAAGAGGCACCGGCAGGAUGCAGCUGACUCCGGCCUUAGUUAUAGUUCCAGUUGAACGUUGUCAUUUCUCUUUGGUGCAGCUUAUAUUGAAAAUGCUGUUGUCUAAUUAAGAUUUGAGAUAUAUGAUGUGUAGCUACAUAUUAAUACAGAAAAAGAAAUACAUAAACAGUUCAUUUCACUA